AGGUAAUUAAUCUCUACGCUUCUCUCUUUGCAAUUACUCCUUGAGAGCAUCUCUCUUUGCAAUUACUCCUUGAGAGCAUUUCUCUCUAGAAUAUCGAGUAUUGUUGACUUGAGCAUCGGAGUGUUUUCCCCGAGGAAACAUCCUCGGGAUUUUCAGGUAUAGAAGCAGCUAAGGACUUCAACAGUGUUGGACUACGAAGCUGCCCAAACAUUUGGCGCCAUCUGUGGGAACCCGAACAAGAAGCCGUGUAGUUUAACCGGUAGAAAGACAAAAUGGUCUGUACCUUUACUGGAAGUCGCCCUCCGAGAAAUGAAAUGGACGAACAGGAGGUCACUCAACUGUCUGAGCCCGGUUUGAAUAAUUUUAGGCCAAUGCCAAGAAACCUUUUCGUCGGAGGAGCAGAACAGGAUCAACUAAGUGAAACAGAUGAUGAUGACAGAACACCGACUGGGUGUACAACCCAGCCUGAACAAUUCCAAAUUCCAACAGGAACAAGGCAAAGACAUCCCAAACCAGGCAAUUCACAACAAGAACGACCUGAAAGGUCAACUGAGCCUGCUCGGACAACCGAGCUCGAAGAGAGAACCAGAGUUCUUGAAAUGGCAAUGGGUAAAAUCCUUGCCCACCUGAUCCCUGAUGACCCCCUGAUUCCUUUGUUGAACAGGGAUGCACAGCCAGCUGCGGUUGUUGCAACUCGAAACUCCCCCGCUUUGAGCAACAUAGUAGUGUCAACCAAGCCAAGGGGAAGUGGGAAGCUAAAUAACGAGCCCAGCUCGUCCAAACAUAGUGAAGAACUGAUGAGAAAGAACACAGACCUUGAAAGACAGUUGCGGGAUGUACAAAAAUCCAUUGACGAGCUGAAAAGUCCUAGGUCGCACCAACAGACCCUUGAUUUGGAUAGUGUUCCACUAAACCUAUCCAUCACAGCAGAACCGUAUCAAGAGGGAUUCAAAAUUCCCCACCUGGAGAUGUAUGAUGGCUCGGGCGACCCAGAUGAGCAUCUGCACACCUAUCAAGCCAUCAUGAGAAUCCAAAAUGCCAAUGAUGCCAUGAUGUGCAAAGUGUUUCUAGCGACACUGAAGUCAACAGCCAGAAGAUGGUAUCACAAACUCCCCAGACAUUCUAUAGACUCAUACUCCCAGCUUGCCAAUCUAUUCUCCAACAAAUUUGCGAGCCAAAGGGAGAUCAAACGCACAGCAACCGAGCUGAUGCAAGUUCAUCAAAAAGAAGGGGAAUCUCUGAGGGACUACAUGCAACGAUUCAACAAGGCAACUUUAGACAUUGAUAACGUCCCUGAUACCAUCUGCUUGUCUGCCUUGCUGCAUGGCUUGAAGCGUGGUCGGUUCCUGGACGACCUGCUAGAAAACCCACCAAAGACGUGGAACAAAGUUAGAAGACCCCCACCCCCACUACAUGAUUCCCCAAGGGCAGACAAGAGCAAGCAUUGUGACUACCAUCGUACUUAUGGUCACAACACAGAAGACUACCAACACUUGAAGGACGAGUUGGAGUUCUUAGCUUGGAACGGGAAAUUAGAAGGAUAUGUGCAGAAGCCUUAUACCCAGCAACCAUCUCAAACUCACUUUGUGCAAGGAUAUGAUCGACCUCAGGGGCAGAGGUAUCAGCUCGGCGGCACACAAGAUGUGUAUCAGGACAAUCAAUAUCCUUCUGAGCAGGGCAAAGCGUACAGGGGACGCACAAUAAACAUGAUCUCGGGUGGUAUACACUCUGGAGGCCAAAGCGCUCGAGGCCGUAAAGCAUAUGCCCGACAGGUGAUGACCGUCAACAAGAACAGACCUUUGAAGCGGCCAUUCGAGGAGGCAAAGUGGGAGAAUAUGCCUAUUACAUUCAGCCCGGUAGAUUACAAGCGAGCAGAAGGAGAGCCCGACGUUAUGAUGCCCCAUGCAGAUCUUUUCGUGGCAACAGUUCAUAUAGGCAAUCAUAACGUCAACAAGGUGUUUAUCGAUACUGCUUUUAACGCUAUAUUAGGAAGAGCUACCCUGUGCGAGCUGAAGGCUGUUAUUUCGCAACCCCAUCUCUGUAUGAAAUUCCCAACUCCCCAGGGGGUAGGAGUGCUAAAGGGGAAUCAGAAAAUGGCCAGAGCUUGUUAUCAAGAUACAUUUAAGAAGGUUGAGCUCGCUGUAACGCCGAGAGGCCCUUCUGGAGGUAAUAGGCCGACUCAGCCCGGUCAACAGACAAUGAGCAUAUCAGACAUCGAACACCGGCCUGAGGGUGUCGAGCAGAAGGCUGAGCCAGUAGAACCAGUGGAGACUGUCCCUUUAAACCCUGAUGUGCCAGAGAGAACAGUUAAGAUCGGCACCAAGCUCACAGAAGAAGAACGAGCAGAGCUUCUGGAGUUUUUGAGGGUUAAUCAAGACAUGUUUGCGUGGACUACGGAUGAAAUGUUUGGCAUUCCAGCGGAGUUGACAGUCCACAAGCUCAGCACAGACCCCACCAAAAGGCCGGUGGUUCAGAAGCGUCGCCUUUUUGGCCUUGAGAAGCAAGCUGCCAUAAAUGAAGAGAUACAAAAGCUGCUACAGGCAAGUUUCAUCAGGAGAGUGGAAUACUCUGAGUGGGCGUAUCCGAAAGACCCUCAUCCCUUGCCGAAUGUGGAGAAGAUGGUAGAGCGAGCAGUUGGGCAUGAACGGAUGAGCUUCCUUGACGCUAGCUCAGGGUAUCACCAGGUUCAGUUACUGUUGGACGACCAGGAGAAAACAGCUUUUUAUGCUGUUGACGCAAUCUACUGCUAUGUCAUGAUGCCGUUUGGCCUGAAAAAUGCUGGCGCAACAUAUCAGAAGCUGGUAGCCCAAAUGAAGCUGAAUCCCCUAAAAUGCACAUUUGCUGUAAAAUCAGGAAAAUUCCUAGGGUACGUGGUAUCCAAGAAAGGAAUUGAGGUGAAUCCAGAAAAGGUUCAGGCUGUUCAACAGAUGGAGCCUCCAAAGACCGUAAAAGAUGUGCAGCGCCUGACCAGUCAUGUUGUUGCGCUGCAUAGGUUUGUAGCCAGGUCGGCCGAAAGGUGUCUCCCGUUUUUUAAAGCCCUGAGAGAGCCCAAGAACUUUCAGUGGACGGAUGAAUGUCAGCAGGCAUUGGACGAGCUCAAGCAAUAUCUAGCAUCAGCACCCCUGCUAUCCAAGCCUGUGGAGGGAGAGAGUUUAUACCUGUAUCUGGGAGUUACGGAGGAGGCGGUGAGCUCGGUCCUACUCAGGGAAGAGAAUAAGAAUCAGAAGCCUAUCUGCUAUGUGAGCAAGGUUUUACAAGGCACCGAGCAAAACUACCCACUAGCAAAAAAGGCUGAUUUUGCCCUGAAGCCGGAACUCUCUGGUCGGCUUAUUGGAUGGAGCGUCAAGCUGAGUGAGUACGACCUCAAAUUUCAGCCGUGCACAACCAUAAAGGGUCAGGCUAUGGCAGACUUCCUGGUGGAGUGUAUCUCGGCGACUGUGGAAGAAAAGGCACCCGAGCACCCAGUCUGGGUCUUGUAUGUUGAUGGAGCUGCUAACGUUGAUGGAGCUGCUAACAUUGAAGGAUCGGGUGCUAGGGCUGUGUUACUGGGCCCAUAUGGUUUUAAAUCCGAGCAUGCAUUAAGAUUUAUAUUUCAGACCACUAAUAAUGCUGUAGAAUAUGAAGCCCUCAUUUAUGGUUUGAAGCUAGCAUCCGAGCUGAACGUGCAGAGCAUUCAAGUUUCUAGUGACUCUCAGCUCGUUGUGGGCCAGGUGAAUGGCAGCUGUGAAAUCAAGGAUCCUCAGCUUGGUCGUUAUGCUUCUGUUGUUAGCAGAUUAAGGUCAGGAUUUGCCUCUUUCCAAAUUGACAAAAUACCAAGAGCAGAUAACUACCGAGCUGACGAGCUGUCAAAAUUGGCCUCCUCGCAGGACAUUAACCCUCAGAGAUCAACGAUUGUCGAAGUAUUUGACGCUCUGAGCUACCCCGAUUUCACAUUCAAGUGUCAGCUGCUUAGCACAGAUCCCUCUUCACCGAGCUGGACUACCCCAUUCAUAGAUUAUCUGCACAGUGGCGAGCUGCCUGAAGAUCCAUCCGCUGCAAAGUUGAUUAAAUGCAGGGCAGCUCAUUUCACUUUGUUAGAUAAUCAGCUCUACAACAUAAGUAUCUUCGUUGGAACAGGGAAAAUGCUCUCAUCACUCUCAUCUCCCUGGCUUUCUGCUCAAUGGGGAGUCGACCUGCUCGGCCCUUUCGUGAAAGGCAAAAGAAGUUGCACUUACCUCGUUGUUGCGGUGGAUUACUUCACCAAAUGGAUAGAAGCUAAACCAUUGUCCAUGACAACAGAAAAGAAAAUAGAAGAAUUCUUGUUCAAUUCAAUAUUGUGUAGGUUCGGUAUUCCUAAGCGGAUCAUCGUAGACAAUGGUCCGCAGUUCCGAACUGCGGCACUGAGGUCGUUCUGCAACGACUAUGGCAUUGAGCUCGCUUUGACAUUUGUGUAUACUCCACAAUCUAAUGGACAAGCCGAGUUUGCCAAUAAAAUCGUUUUGCGAGGCCUCAAGACGCGUGUUUUGGCUGCACAUUCUAAUUGGGUUGACAAGCUCAAUAAAGUGCUUUGGUCAUGUCGCACUACACCCAGCUCAGCCACAGGCGACACUCCAUUCAGCCUUGCCUAUGGAGCAGAGGCCGUCAUCCCUAUAGAGAUCGGAUUGCCAUCUGACAGAGCAGAUCGGCACAACGACAAUCACAAUGAGCAACUUUUAAGGAGAACCUAGACCUUGUGGAAGAAAUCAGGGAGAUGUCUCGAAUAAGAAACAUGGCGCAUCAAAGUCGUGUUGCAAAAUUUUAUAAUAAAAGAGUUCGAGCACG